AUAUCUGCCUCGAAUAUGGGAGAUGAGAGCAGAAUGAUAUUGGUGUCAGGAGUCCCAACUGAUUUCCGUUUGGAAACCAUUCAGUCUUAUUUUGAGAACAAGAGUAGAUCAAGUGGAGGACCUAUUAAAGGAAUCCCAGAACGGAUCCAAGAUUCUGGGGAAGUUAUUAUCACUUUUGAAUCGGAAAAAGAUGCAGAAAAUGUCGCCAAAAAGAAGGUUCAUUAUAUAAACAAACAUAAACUUCAAGUGGACUGGUAUAAAAAUCUAGUCUGGCAAGAAGAUGCAAUGAUUGUGUCAAAUGGCCCCAAAGACAUGUCUGAAGAAAUGUUAAUUGAUUUUUUGGAAAAAACAAUAAAAUUAAAAAUUGUACAUGUCUUCUUUGGAAGAAAUCCUGGAACUUUUCUUGUGUAUUGCCAAAGUGAAAUUGAUUUUGAGAAUGUUCAGAAGCUGUGCCAAAACAACCCCUUAAAAGGAAAUCAACUGAAAGUGGAUAGAAUUGAGGAAAUAAACAGUGUUCGAGUGAAAAACGUUUCUUCAAAUGUCAGCUCUGAGAGUCUUCAAAGUUAUUUUGGAGACAGAGAAAGAAGUUCUGGUGGAGAUAUUUCUUCAGUUCAUCAACAAACCUCUGAUACUUACAUUAUAAGUUUUAAAGAGGCGUAUGUUGUGCUGGACGUUUGUAGAAGACGACAUCAAUUGGAAGAUGUGGAGUUAGAUGUUCAACCGUUCUGGGAACCAUCUGAAGAAAAUACCAUUUCAAGCCAGCAAGUCCAUGACUAUUUACUACCUUCCCAGUUCCAUCUGACUUUCUUACAGAAACAUAAAAUCAAAGUUAAUGACCAAUUAAAGAAAUGGGCUGAAGUAAUUUGGAAAGAUUCCAAGUUUAAUAAACUGAAAUUAAAAUAUUCUGAAGAAAAUUUUGAGGAAAUUGAAAAAUGUUUGGAAGAUUUAUUAAAUUCCAUUACUAUUGAAACUAUUGAUGUUCCAACUGAUAUGUUUGAGGACAUUGUUAGAACAUUUAACAGUGAAGCCGACCAAAGGUAUUUUUAUUUUGAUAACCGGAAUUUCCAAGCUCAUAUUUUGGGAUUUGAUAAAAGUAAUGUAAUUAAAAUGAAAAACAGACUUUUGGAUAAUCUUAGAAAGAAAUGUGAGGAUGAUUUAAAUAUUCACGAAAAACGUAUUCUAUCUGGUCUCAGAUUUCGUGAGCAGGCAGAAAGACAAUCUGAAGAUCUAAAAGUCGGAAUUUAUGGUAACAAAGUUAUUUUUGAAGGCCACACUUCGAAAAUAGCUAAAUGUCAAAAGGAUAUGAAUAAAAUACUUCAGUCAGUUGUAAGAUCGAAACUGUGUUUGCCUUUAAAUACUGGAAUGAUCAUAAAUAAAAAACCAGUGAAAGAAUAUCUUGAUGUAAAACUGAGAAACAAGAAAUGUAUCGGUUCAUGGGAAACGGGUGAUGGUGAUUCAGUAUUACUUUAUGCAAGUGAUAAAACACAUCUUUCACUUUUGGAAGAAAUCAUGAAAGAAACUUUUGUUGCCAAUACACUGGAUUUUGUAGACAAAAUUAAGGAUACUCCAAAUCAUGGAAAGUGGCUGACAUUUGUUGAAAGUGUAAAAGAAGAGUUUCUAGAUUUCUGUUUUAUUGGAGAAAAUUCUAUUGUUGCUGUUGAUGCUGUAGUUAAUGAUAUAAAAAACAAAAUUGAUAACUUUAAGCAAGGAAUCGAUGGAUUCAGGGAAAAAAAUAAAUUGAAGAAUGUGUUACACCUGGAAAGAACACAAGAGCAAAUUAGGGGAAUGGAAAGAGUUACAAGAAAUUCCAGAAAUGUUGAAUCGUUUAAAUCUCAAGAAACCCAGAAAAGUGAAGAAGGAAACAAUUUCUUAUGUGAAAUGCAGAAGCAAUCUGAGAGCAUAAUAUCAUUAAAUUCAGAUUUAGGAAGUGAAACAGAUGCUGCAAAUGGCAGACGGGAACACAGGGGAGGAGUUGCUGCAGCCAUUGUACAGAAAGAAACCACAACAUCAAGCUCAUCCAUUCCUGGUCCACAACAGAAAGCAGCCCCUAUGACACCCAGAACUAAUGUGGCAUCUGGAGUAAAUCCUGGCAUCAAAAUAAACCUAAUGAUUGAUUCAAUUUCUAAUGCAUCUGUUGAUGUCAUCGUUAACAACACCAAUAAAGAACUCCAGCUUAACAAUGGUUCUAUCUCCAAAUCUAUUCUCUUUGCUGCUGGUUCAGAGAUACAAGAUGAAUGUAACCAGGAAUAUCCUCAAGGUAUUUCUACAUCUACAAUAGCCAUCACUAAAGGAUAUAACCUCAAAUGUAAGAAUGUAUUUCAUCUGGCAUUACCUCCCUGGGGUGAAAAUUCCUCUGAUUCAAUUCUGGCAAACUUGACUCAAAUAAUAACCACUUGUCUGGAAAAGGCUGAGAGAAUGGGAGCAAAAAGCCUGGCAUUUCCUAUAUUAGGGGCUGAAAUGAAAUACCCCAUAGAAAAACUACCUGGAAUUAUGUAUGAAGCAGUGAAAAACUACUCAGAUCGAAAUUCAAGCUGGAUCAAAGAUGUUUACUUUGUUGUUUUACCUCAAGACACAGAAAUAGUAAAGAAAUUUGAUGAAUAUCUCCUAAAUAAACCAGUAAAUGAAGGAGUUCAUUCAAAAGAAACCACAACAUCAAAACAGGAAUCAUCCUCCGUGGCACCCAGAACUAAUGUGGCAUUGACAAAGAAUCGUGGCAUCAAAAUACAACUAAUGAUUGAUUCAAUUUCUAAUGCAUCUGUUGAUGUCAUCGUUAACAGCACCAAUGAACGGCUCCAGCUUAACAAGGGUUCUAUUUCCAAUUCUAUUCUCAAUGCUGCUGGUUCACAGAUACAAUAUGAAUGUAACCAGAGAUAUCCUCAAGGUAUUUCUACAUCUAAAAUAGCCAUCACUAAAGGAUAUAACCUCAAAUGUAAGAAUGUAUUUCAUCUGGUAUUACCUCUCUGGGAUGAAAAUUCCUCUGAUUUAAUUCUGGCAAACUUGACUCAAAUAAUAACCAUUUGUCUAUACACUGCUGAGAGAAUGGGAGCAAAAUGCUUGGCAUUUCCUAUAUUAGGGGCUGGGAUAUUGAAGUACCCCAUUGAGAACCUACCAAGAACUAUGUACGAAGCCGUGAAAAACUACUCAAAUCAAAAUUCAAGCCAGAUCAAAGAUGUUUACUUCGUGGUUUAUCCUCAAGACACGGAAAUUAUGAAGAAAUUUGAAGAAUAUUUCCAAGGAAACACAACAGGUAGUUCAGCUGCAUCAUCAGAACCAAUCCCAGAUACAUGGUCACCAAUGGAAGACGAGGAAUUAAUUAAAAUCGUUCCAGUCACAAGUGGAUCAGAAUAUGAUGACAUCCAGGCCACUUUCCGUCGGAAUUUGCCUUCCUAUCGUAUAAUCAAAAUUGAGAGAAUUCAAAAUAAAACAUUAUGCCAGAGAUACAAAGCAUUGAAAGAACAAUUUGAGGCAGAAAAUCCUAAGGUUAAAAUUGGAGUUGAUGGCCUUUGGCAUGGUACUACUGCAGAAUGUGUUGAGAGAAUAAAUAGAUAUGGAUUCAACUGUAGAUAUUGUAGUAAAAAUGGUGGAUAUGGUAAAGGUGUCUAUUUUGCCAAAAACAUCCAAUAUUCUGCAGAUGAUAACUAUUCUCCUCCUGACCAUCACAAAAUAAAGAGAAUAUACCAAUGCAGUGUUCUUGUAGGAAGAAUGAUACAAGGACACCCAGGAUUAAAAGUUUUACAGGAUCCUUACAAUUCUGCUGUUGAUGAUAUUCAAAGACCCUUUAUUUAUGUUACUUUCGAUGACUCUCAAGCAUAUCCUAAUUAUUUGAUUACAUUCUCUAAUUGAAAUUAACAAUAACAAUAUUUGAAUUUGUAACAAUAAAACUAUUCAGAUUUGUAACAGGAAAACUAUUCAGAUUUGUAACAGGAAAACUAUUCAGAUUUCUGAUGCUAAAAUAAUUGAAUAUAUUUUGACAUUUUCCUUUUUUGUUACAUUAAAUGUAAUUAUUGCUUACAAUAAAAUGAAGGCUGCAAGUUCAAAUCCA